AUGUACCGCUCGCAGGCUCACGUCCAAAAGAGGCUUGAUCACUACUAUCGCUGCGUGAACACCGUUAUCCUCAACCGUCAGAACCCGACCACAGGUCUGAUCCCCGCCUCGGUUGCCGUCACCACCCAUGGAGACUAUCGCGAUGCCUGGGUCCGUGAUAACGUGUACUCGAUCAUGGCUGUCUACGGACUUGCUCUUGCCUACCGCCGUGUCGACGAUGACCAGGGUCGUGCCUACGAGCUCGAGCAUGCGGUAAUCAAGUUGAUGCGCGGCCUUAUGUUCUGUAUGAUGAGACAGGCCCCCAAGAUCGAACAGUUCAAAAAAACACAGGGCUUGAACGACUGUCUGCACGCCAAAUACAACACUGCUACCGGAGACACAGUCGUCGGUGAUUCAGAGUGGGGUCACUUGCAGAUCGAUGCCACCUCCAUCUUCCUCUUGGCCCUUGCCCAGAUGACCGCUUCGGGAAUUCUGAUCGUCUACACCACAGACGAGGUCGAUUUCAUCCAGAAUCUAGUCUUUUACAUCGAGCGCGCUUACCGCACGCCUGACUAUGGUAUUUGGGAGAGAGGAAACAAGAUCAACCAUGGAGAGCCCGAACUGAACUCUUCCUCAAUUGGUAUGGCUGUCGCUGCCCUCCAGGCCAUUAAUGGCAUCAAUCUUUUCGGUUCCCGUGGUGGACCUAGCUCGGUCAUCCAUGUGUUGCCGGAUGAGAUUACUCGCAACUACACAACUCUUCACUCCGCACUUCCAAGAGAGUCCAACUCGAAAGAAAUCGAUGCCGCAUUGCUCUCGGUCAUUGGAUUCCCCGCAUUUGCCGUCGGAGAUGCUAAACUCGUCGAACGGACCAGGAACGAGAUUAUCGAAAAGUUGGGCGGAAAGUACGGAUGCAAGCGCUUCUUGCGCGAUGGACACCAGACUGUGCUCGAGAACAACAGCCGCCUCCACUACGACGCCCACGAGCUCAAGAUCUUUGAGAAUAUCGAGUGCGAGUGGCCCCUGUUCUUCACCUACUUUAUUCUGGACGGGCUUUUCAAUGAAAACGAGGAACAGGUUGAGGAAUACCGCGCCAAGCUGGAACCCUUGAUCAUCGAUUCGGCUACUCUGGUGGACUUUGGACAGUACAUCUCAGAGUCGAUGUCCGACAGUGAGUCGGAUGGUCGUAGUCUGAAGACCCCCACCUCUCCAGGAUUUGCCACCCCUGGCAGCGGGGAUGGUAAGCUCCCCGAGCACAUCCCUUUAAUUCCCGAGUUGUACUAUGUUCCUGAGCACUUGGUCGAGGCCGAGAAGAAGGACAAUCACACCCAGGCUCGUGUCGCCAACGAUAACCUUCCCUUGGUCUGGGCCAACUCCCUCCACACCCUCGGCAGCUUGAUCUACGAGAACUUGCUCAGUGUCGCUGAGAUUGAUCCCCUUGGCAGACGUUUCAACGCCCGCAAGACUCAGCCCAACGACACUGUCGUCCAGGUUGUUCUCUUGGCUGAGGAUACCCAUUUGCAGAGCAUGUUGAGUAUGUACGGAUUAGAGACCCAAACAAUGGAUCAGGUCCACCCCAUCACCGUCAGUCAGCCCCAGGGACUCAAGGAGGUCUAUGCUGCCCUCGGUAUGAACGCCAAGCUCGGAUUUUCGGGUCGUCCCAAGCGUCCGGUUGGUUCCCUCGGAACUUCUCGUCUCUACCGCGUCCAGGGUCACCUUUACGCCUUCACACCUCAUUUCAUGGACAACGAAGAGUUCUACCUGACCAGCGACAAUGACUAUUUGAUCUCAAUCUUUGAGCAGGAAUUGGCCUUUGUUCGUCAGUAUUGGCAUUACCCCGGUCGUCCCACCAUGACCGUUGUGUUGACCCAUGCCAUGUUGGGUGGACUCACAAAGUCUCGCAGCUUUGCCCCCCAGAACGGUGCUGAUGCCUACCGUUUGACCACUUGGCGCAAGGCAUCCCUCGGUUCCAGUCCCCAAAAGGACAACAAGCGCAACCUCCUCAACUUCUUCAUGAACCUCCGCAGCGGUGUUUGCAACGGUGUCCGUGUUCGUCUUGGUCGUCUCAGCGAGAUGGUCAACACCUCCUGCAUCGAGUCCCUCGACUUUUUGGUCAACAAGAAGGAUAUUGACUGGAUGGGUAUUCUUCGUGGCGCUGCUGAUCGUCGCAAGGGUCGCCAUGCGCGCAAGUUGGGACUCAACGAGAAAAAGACCCAGGCGGCUACCCCUGGAGGAAGCAGAACUCCCAGCCACCACCGCUGGUCGGUUCGUCGCCGGUCUUCGUCCUUUGGCACUGGCGGGUCUCUGGCCUCGUUGACGACCCCUGCUGUCAACACUGAGCUCGAGGGUGACAGCUAUUUUGGAUCUCAUUCCCAGCCUCACACUCCUAGCGAGGGCAACUUCCCUGGCUCUCCCUUCGCCAUGACUCCCAUGGAGCCUGCCGAGCCCUAUGCUGCCCCCCGAAAAUCCAAGAAGGACCAGACCACGUCUUUCCGUCUCAAGGAUCACGAGGAGGUUCGGCCCACUCGCAAGAAUGGAAACGCCGUCGCCAACCAGUCGGGUGUUUUGACUCCUGACUUGGCUACCCUUGAGAUUACGAAUGCUCCCUCUCCUGUCAGCGCUGUGGACGAUGAUGAGGACUCAGAUGAGUCACCCGACGGCAUGGAGGCCUUGGGUUUGACUCUCGGUGACCCCUCCAACAUGGAGGCUGCCAUGUCUAUGCUGUCCCUCUCCGUCAACCUCUACGACCAAAUCGACCUGUUGCAGUACUUGUUGUCGUGCCAGGGGGCUAACUUUUAUGUCAGCAACUUGGAUGCCACUGUUGAGACAUUGUUGCAGGAGGUCUACUUCAAGUCGCUCCAGCUAAAGCUGUGGUCGAUUGUUCGUCAGGCAGCCGGUUUGCUCCAGAAGGUCGUCAACUCGCUCACCAUCAACAUCACGGAUCUGGUGAUUCGUCAGAAGCAGAUUACCAUCGGCUCUGGCCGCACUGAGCAUUUUAUCACCACUCCCUUGGGACCCGACGUUCUCAGCAGGAUGAUCUAUGACGGCAACUUUGACGAUGUCCGUGAAGGACCCGUCGUUCAGGAGGUCAUGACCUACUUGGGUUCAUUCGUCCGCGCAGACCCCGACAUGUUUGAGGGUAUCAUGCGUCUCCGUACCCAUUUCUUGAUCAUUGCCUUGCGCGAGGAGAUUUCUCGUCUCAACAGCUGUGACGAGACGGAUGCUGUCGAGCAUUUGAUGCAGUUGUCGCCCUUUGAGCUCAAGUCCCUACUUGGAACAGUCUUGUCUGGCCCCACUCUGAGCUCGCACGCCACCAACACCUUGCUCCGCAACCAGUCGUCGGGACGUUUGAGCCCCGACCGUCGUCAGGGCGGCGUCUCGUUGUCGGGUGACUCCUUGGAGAACAAUGUCACUGCCAACAUUGCCUCAUCUGGUCCUUCGUCGUCCACCUUGGGCGCUAUCCCUAUCCCUAACAUGGCCAAGGGAUCGACCACGUUCACGAUCAAGGUCCAGUCGGGAGGAUUCCACUCUGGCAACUUUUCCAAGAUCUUGAUCAACGAGAGCACGCUGUCUGUGUCGUCGCGUGGUAUCAAUAUGGUUGUGAUUGACCCUGUCCAAGGCGUUCUUUUAGAGUCUGUCUCGUUUGACACGCAUAUCUCUGAGGACGAGAGUGACGACUUGGCCCGUUUGGUGGACUGGCUACAGCCUGGCAUGAUUGUUGUCUGUGCAGGCAAGGAUGACUGCUAUGAGCAUUUAACGACAGCGGGUCGUCUUGCCUUGAAGCAGCUCGGGUCCGAGCGUAUCUCUGAGCUCAAGUACCGCGACUCUUGGUGCAUGAUCGGAGAGAAGGGCAUUGAGACAGGCAAGGCUGUGGAGGCGCACAAAUCUUUCAUGGAUGGGCCAACCACAGUGAUCGAAAAGGAGUUUGAUUUGACGUUGUACAAGGCCAGGGCGGAUGUGAGUGACACCUUCCCCUGUCCCUCUGCGAUUGCGGCGUUUGUUCCUAACUCGUCUGGACGGUGGUUGCGCCGUCGCAAGAACGAUGGAUCGUUGAACCGUGUUCCGAGCAAGUUCUACCCCCGUGUCUGGCGUAUCCUGUCGCGUGCUGCUGGAUUCAGGGUGGGAUCCCACUUCCUGCCCCGCGACCCCAUCAUUUCGGAGAAGACACCCGAAGAGUUCAACUUUGCGUUGGCCGUAGAGAACUUUUUGGGAGUUAUCUUGGACCCUGCUGAACGUCAGAUUGCGGUUGAUACGUUGAUGGUGAUUGCCAAGAUUGAAGACAAGAAUCCUGGUAUGGAGAUGCAGGCUGAGGUGAUUGACCUUCCGAUGAUUAUGAGGGAGGCGAUGGAUACGUUCUGGACAAAGUGGGUUGUGAAUGGACCUGGUGGACGUGGCCCUGCUGGAGGAUCAACGAAUGACAAUGUGAUUGCAACCAGUGUAUUGGGCAACGUCAGCUUUGACCACCACGAGAAGUUAGCUCGGGGGAUGUUUUAUGAUUUGCCUCAGGAAGGCAAGGAGGGCACGUUUGCCUACUUGGCCCGUGCUGUGCUCAAGUUGUUGCCAUACUCUAUCGACUUUGAAUAA